AACCAUUGCUGCUACUACCAGCGAGAACGGCUCACGAGAAACGAACAUCACCAGCAACCCCCCACGCCAGAAUCAUGUCGAGCACAACAACAACAACCGAUUCCACUCUUGCCUCACGCAGCGUACAGGAUUUCUGCGACAUCUUGGCAUCGAAGCAGCCGACACCUGGGGGAGGUGCCUCGGCUGCGGUCGGGGCAGCCGUCGGCGCAGGAACGGCGGCCAUGUCGGGAGCCUACACACAACGCAAAAAGGACGAGGAAAGCGGUGCCGCUGACGCCGCCAGGACCAUGAUUUCGAAAAUGGACAUUCCGUCCCUUCUUUCCAUGGCCGACAACGACGUCGAGGCGUACAAAGCGCUCCAGUCCACCUGGAAGAAAGACUCAGGUUUGAGUCCGGAACAAGUCAAAGAUAUCGAGGCGAACGCCCUCAAGGUACCCACGGUUCUCUUUGAGGCCUGCCACGAACGAAUCGUUGCUGUUCAGGAGUUUUUGCCAAAGUGCAACCCCAACAUUACUUCUGACGCAAAGGUAGGAAUCCAUCAGCUGGCGGGAGCCGCGCGUUCGGCGUACCAGACCAUUCUUGUAAACUCUCCCCCCGAAGAGGAGAAGAUGCGGUUGAUGAAAAUUCUUCAAGAAAUCCAAGAAAUCGAAAACGGAUUGCUGGGGCUUUAAAUUCCAGGAUGAAUACGAAGGAGGAGAGCAAAAAAGGCAGUUUUGCCUUUUCAACAUCAUACUUCGUCAGACAAUCAACUUCUGCAGGAGUAGCUAAAUUCAAUUCUGUUGAAGAAAUCAAUUGUCAAUGUGGUAUCCAAUACUUUCGUCGUGUCGAGCCCUUGAGUUCUUGAUCGACUGGUGGUUGGAGAGAAGAGCGAAAUUUCAUUCGAAACUACCUUAGGACAUUUGAGUCGAUUUGGAAGCUGCACUUUGAUUUUGUGGUGCAACCAUUAAGCUACAGUAGUAGAGUCGUAAUAAUAUAACAUUACCAUACAC